GCUGAUUGGUUGGUCCGCCGCGGCAGGGGAAGAACCCGGAUGUGCCUGGGUAGUCGUGUUGGCAGUCGGGGCUCAGAGGUUUGGGGUACUAAGCGUGCUGGCAAGCCAAGGUGGAUGGCGCAGGGUUGGGCUGGCUUCUCUGAGGAGGAGCUGAGGCGACUAAAGCAGACUAAAGAUCCGUUUGAACCACAGCGGCGUCUCCCUGGGAAGAAAAGUCGACAACAACUUCAGCGAGAAAGAGCCCUUCAAGAGCAAAGUCAAAAAUUUGGACUUCAAGAUGGGUCAACCUCAUUACCUCCAGAGCAGCUGCUUUCUGCACCAAAACAAAGAUUUAAUACUCAGAGACCAAGUUCUUCUCUUCCUACUCCCCUUACGCUCACCUCUCCUGUUGGUGAUGGAAAACCACAGGGUACUGAAAGUCAACAAAAGGAACUGGGACUUAAGAAUUCCCAUGAAGUUCACAAAAAUGCUGAGGUUCUGCCUCCAAAACCAGAUUGCCAAUUGGAAAAAAAGAAAGUGGAAUUGCAAGAAAAAUCUCGUUGGGAAGUCCUCCAGCAAGAACAGCGGCUAAUGGAAGAGAAAAAUAAACGUAAGAAAGCUCUUUUGGCUAAAGCUAUUGCAGAAAGAUCUAAAAGAACUCAGGCAGAAACCAUGAAACUGAAGAGGAUCCAGAAGGAGUUACAGGCUUUAGAUGACAUGGUGUCAGCUGACAUUGGAAUCCUCAGGAACCGGAUUGAUCAGGCCAGCCUCGACUAUUCGUAUGCUCGGAAGCGGUUUGACAGGGCUGAAGCGGAGUACGUGACAGCAAAGCUAGAGCUGCAGCGCAAGACUGAGCUUAAAGAGCAGCUCACUGAACACCUUUGUACGAUCAUCCAGCAGAACGAGCUCCGCAAGGCCAAGAAGCUGGAGGAGUUGAUGCAACAGCUGGAUGUGCACGCCGACGAGGAGACUUUGGAGCUCGAGGUGGAGGUGGAGAGACUGCUAUGUGAGCAAGAAGCAGAAGCAAGGAAACAAGUGGUUCAUUUAGAGAGGUCCUGUCAGCCUUCUGGGGAGAGCGCGACCUUAGAGUUGGCUAAAGAGAACAAACAGUCUCAAGACCAGGCUGCUUCCCCAAAGGUAGACAAACAGGGGGAGAACUCCAAUAGCAUUGCCCUUCUUGAUCCAGAACGGCCAAACCAAGAGGUUGAAACUGCCGUAAAAGACAUUUCAGCUUCUCUCAUCACAUGAAGUGUCCGUGUUUGUUCUUUACAAUAAAAUGGCGUAUUCAGUAGACUUUCUGCCAUGACCUCUGAUAGAUGCCCCUUCAAAACAAUAUUAUAUUUUAAAUCCAUUAGUUUUAGUAUAACAUGUUUGGAGGUUGUAGAAAAAUUUCAGAUUAUGAUAGUUUUUUAUAUGUGGGCAUAGUUUACCUUGAUUUUAAUCCAGGUCUUCCGUUGUAUCCUUAUUACUGGGUGAAAACAAGUGAUUUUGAAGGAUAGAAGAAAAACUACAUGGUUAAUUGUUUUUUUCAGACCAGGUGAAUAUAGAAAUGUAAAGUAAAAAAUGAUAAUCAGUACUUAAUGGAACUUAUUUAACUUCUCCUAGGAGAAAUGUUGGAAAUGAGAGUUCUAAUUUCAUGUAAUCAAUGCUGCUGCUGCUGCUAAGUCACUUCAGUCGUGUCUGACUCUGUGUGACCCCAUAGCUGGCAGCCCACCAGGCUCCCCCAUCCCUGGGAUUCUC